CCCAACAACAACGACAGCAGCAAGCACAUGCUAGUACAGUCAAAUAAUAAUUUAAAAAAAGGUUCCUUAUACGCCUGAUAUUGCUGUUCCAAAUUUAUCGUGAUAAAAUACGAGACUCGGACUGCUUCAGAGGCUUUAGUGUGUGUGGCGGAGGGUGGGGGCUCUGUGAGAAGUGGUUAUUCAUGAUUUAAUAACAGUGUCUCAAAGACGGACGCAGCAAGUGAAGAGACAUACAUAAAGCUGACUUCCAUCGAAUUGUUUUUUUUUAUUUGUCAGAGGGCUUACAUUUACAGUAGAGAAAGAACACAGAGUAUACAUUCUACAUCAUGUGCAGAGAACCACCGAGGCCAUCGCCUACAUGUAACCAGGCAAAUAUCAUUUCUAUCCAUGGUGUGAACUGUGUCCUUUGUGCUUUUCUCGACUGUAAGUAUGCUCUUAUCCUCGAGGGGCCGUUGGCAGUCACGUAUAGACGCUGACCAGCCCUAUAGUUUAGGAACACCGAGCCGGCGAACAGCGAGAGCGGAGUUUAACCGCGCAGAGCAGUUUUUUACCAGAGUCUCCGAGGUGGCUGAUGGCAAUGGGCCGGUUCCCGGCCGCCAAGAAAGUGGUCAUGAAGUUCGCUGGCAACGCCCCUGAGCACGUAAUUGACGACAUAAUCGAGGAGGCCAAGCGCAAGAAGGCUGCGGCUCAAGACAUUAGCAGAGCAAGCAUCGCUGACUUGUUCUCUACAAAGGUGUGGGCGAGCAGAACGGCGCUGUUCAGCUUCGAGCUGAUAAUUUACAGUUUUGUAUGGUACCAUAUCACCGCCUCGACGGGAAGCGUGGGCGGCAAUCCAUACGUGAGCUUUACCAUCGGCGCAUCAUCCGAGUACCCGACGAGGCUGAUCAACGUGCUGCUCAUCAAGUACUGCCGUCGGCGGUUCGCCAUCUGCGGCAGCAUGUGCUUUGCGGCGCUGGUCAUGGUCGCCUUGUGGCCCGUGCCUUCCGAAUACUCAUGGCUGCGGCUGGGCCUGCUGAUGUUGGGUAAGAUGGGCACGUCGAUGCAAGGCGCAGUGUUGCGCGUCCAGCUGAGCGAGAUCUACCCGACCGUGGUGCGCUCGGUCGCCAUGGGCUUCUGCAGCACGGUGGGCUGGCUGGGCUCGGUUCUGGCACCCUUCCUCGACGACCUGGGUGAAGCGACGCAACCGUGGGUGCCAAUCGUGGUGUUGGCAGGCCUCUGCAUGGCGGGAGCUGGCGCAUCCUGGCUGCUUCCGGAGAGCUUCCAGAACACGCUGGAGGACGGGUUCUCCACUGGCGAGGCCGCAGUGAACGAGUGA